AAAAAGACAGAAACUGCAGUUGCCUCGAACAAUCACCACUCGCCGUAUCAUUUCUCUGCAACAAUGAGGACAAAAAAAAACCUUUUCAUUGCUGCUCGGAAAACUGACAAACCCCACACAACAAACACUAAAGAAGAAAAGAAAUACAAAUGAGAGAGAGAGAGAAAGAAGAAAAGAAAGAUCACCAACUAAACACCCUUUCUCUUUCUCCUUUCAUGAUGAACAUUAUAUCUAGUAGCCCUUAAAAGCUUCAAGCAAGCUCCCAAAGGCCCCUUCCCAUGUUGUGUCUCUUGACUAUUGGAUUAUAGCUUUUGGGUAUAGUCAAAUGACAACUAUAGAGACACGCAACACUGACAUAGAAGGCAUUGAUGGUGGUCUACGGCGUAACCGUCGCCGCCGCCGUUGCCGGAGACCGUCUGUCGCCGGCAGCAGCGAGACCACCAAUGACGGAAGCCUCUGUUUGUCGGACUCCGAAUCUGACGGCCAGUGGGGGAACUCACCUCUGGGCUCAACUACUAGUGGGUCUUGUGAUGAAUACGGGUCCUCAACAGAGCCGCAAAAUCGUAUUCGGAGACAGUUUGAUUCUGUGUCAGAGCGUGGCUUGUCAGAGGAUAAUGUUGAUUUGGAGAGUGGUGAAUUGGAGGUGAAAGUGCGUUCGAGUAAGGAGGAGAGAGAUUGUAGAAUUUGCCAUUUGAAUUUAGUUAGUGGUGGUGGUGGUGAUCAAGAUGGUAUGGUUACUAUUGAAUUGGGUUGUUCCUGUAAGGGUGAUUUGGGUGCUUCCCACAGGCAAUGUGCCGAGACUUGGUUCAAGAUUAAGGGUAACACAACGUGUGAAAUCUGUGGUGCUACUGUACGCAAUGUUGUUGGAGAGCAGACAAAUGAGGCAAACAAUGCUACAGGAGCAGCUUCAGCACCACCUGUGAAUCUAGCUGAGACCCGAUGUGUCUGUCAAGGCCGCUGGAUCAUGAAUUUCCUGUUUGCCUGCAUGAUUUUUGCCUUCGUCAUUUCUUGGCUAUUUCACUUCAAUAUACUACCUUGAAUCCCUCAAUGAGUGCUGUGGCUUCUUCCUUUGAUUUAGGUGAUAAAGGGCAGCUCCAUUCUCUUUUUGUCUGCAUUUGUAUGUUGGUCUUAAAUUUAAGUAGGAAUCAGUGAGGCCAUUGUGUUACACAACGGGCUAUAUUUAUAAUUAUCUCAUGUAGUUUUGGACUGUUGGCUUCUUGUAUUCUCUCUUUCACCUGGUGUUAAGAAUCUACAAUGGAAGUUGA